UCUUGCAUAACUCCCAAAACCAAAAUAAUGGCAAUUCAUGUGAAAGAAGUUACCGUUAUUAAGCCAUCAAACUCAACUCCAACUCGUUUCUUAACUCUCUCAGCUCUUGAUUCUCAGCUUUUUCUACGUUUCACCAUAGAAUAUCUCUUCGUUUACAAACCUAGCCCAGGGCUAGACCAUGGCUCGAUCACGGCUCGAGUCAAAUCGGCAUUGGCUAAUAUCUUGGUGCCCUAUUAUCCGCUAGCCGGUCGAGUUAGGGCUAAACCAGAUGGCUCGAGUCUUGAAGUAAUAUGUCGAGCCCAAGGUGCACUUUUUAUUGAAGCUAUUUCUGAUAAUAUUACUAUCAAUGAUUUUGAUAAAGCUCCGAGUUACGUUGAACAAUGGAAAAAACUUUUGUCCUUCCACGUGGCAGAUGUCCUUCAAGGGGCCCCACUUCUUGUAGUCCAGCUUACGUGGCUUAAUGAUGGUGGUGCCACGUUGGGUGUUUGUUUUAAUCAUUGUGUGUGUGAUGGGAUUGGUAGUGCUGAGUUUCUUAACUCGUUUGCUUCUCUUGCUAUGAGUCAAGAUCAAGAACGAGUUAUCACUGGUUUAAAACCUAAACCCGUUUGGGAUCGACAUCUUCUUGAUCCAGUAAGUUAUCCAUCUUUUUCAUCACAGAGUCAUCCCGAGUUUAACCGAGUUCCCGAUCUUUGUGGGUUCUUGACUCGGUUUACAAAUGAAAAACUCAGUCCCACUACUAUUAUAAUUGAUAAAAGAAGACAAAAUGAGUUGAAAAAACUCGCUAUGUCAUCAACUCAUCACGAGUCAACAUUCACUUCUUUUGAAGUGAUAUCAGCUCAUGUAUGGAGAAGUUGGGCUGGGGCAUUAAACUUACCAUCAAACCAAAUCUUAAAGCUUCUCUUCAGCAUAAAUGUCCGUAACCGAGUCAAACCGAGUCUCCCCGACGGUUACUACGGCAAUGCAUUCGUGCUCGGAUGUGCACAGACAACCGUUAAAGAAUUAACAGAGAAAGGAUUAGGGCAUGCAGCAUUACUGAUAAAGAAAGCAAAAGAAAGGGUAGAUAAUGAGUACAUAAGAUCAGUGAUUGAAUCAGUGUCAAGAACGAGUCCCGACUCAGUUGGUGUUUUGAUAAUAUCACAAUGGUCAAGAUUAGGGUUAGAGAGAGUUGACUUUGGUAUAGGAAGACCAAUUCAUGUGGGACCUACUUGCUGUGAUAGAUACUGUCUGAUUUUGCCUGUGUUUGAUCGGACGGCUGAUGUUAAAGUAAUGGUAGCUGUUCCUGCAAGUGGAGUUGACAAAUAUGAGAAUUUAGUCAACAGUUCAUACUCUUAGGAUUACUUGAUAAGAAAAAUAGUUUUGUCUCAUCGGUUGAGAUGUAAUAUCACAUUGACUUUUAACCUUUUUUUCUAUGAAAAAAACAUUACAAAUCUUUUCUCCAUACUCAA